UCAACAAUUCCCGCAAUACUUUCAUUGAUUUCGCGUUGACGUUGAAGAUCUGCCUGAAUGAGAAUUUCGUUACGAAACUUGGGAAUUUGUUUGGCAUUCGCAAAUGAUCGAUAACGUCGGGCCCGAUACUGAUGACGUACAAUGUAGUCCAAAUUCUGAAAUGGUUGAUAUCAAUUUAGUACCCGGAGAAGAGUAAAAAUCUUACUGAUUAUGUACUUCCUGCUUUAGUAAAGCUGCCUGCUCCACUUCUGCCUUUAUCAAGCUGGUUUGAAUUUUCUCCUCCUCUAUCUGCAACUUUUUAUUUUCGAUUUCGGCCUGCAGCAGCUUUUGUGCUGUAUCAAUUUCAAUUAAAUUUUUUUCUGCAGCAGAAAUCUCCCCGAAGACAACUUUUAGUUUAUUUUUCAACUCAUUUAUUUUAUGCUGCAUCGUAGACUUUGUCUUGAAUUUACUUCCAUAAACUUUUUCCCGUGCAUUCACGGUAUCAAAGAUGUGCUCUCGAUGGUGGACCGUGUUUUCCAAAUCGGACACCAGUUUUUCCUGCAUGCGCUUAAGCUGCCUAUAGCGAACCUGCAUUCGGUGGAUUUCGGCUUUCAUAAUACCAAUCUCACUGUUUUGUGCCGAUUCCUCAUCUUUAAACUUCUUCGCUUCAGCAGACAUCUUGUAUUUGGUCUCCCAAGAUAGUGCUUCCCGAUGCUUCGCCAGCACUUCCUGCUUGCAGUCGUCGAUCUCUCUCCCCAGAUCGGUCAAAUCCUGCUCCAGAUUUAACACUGACAGCUCUGCUUCUUUCAAGCGCUCGGUCGUAUAUUGAUGGGAAAUUUCACACUCCAUUUCCUCCUUUUCGUGAACCUUUUUGCUAUUCCAAAGCUCCAUACUAACGGCAUCCAAGCGAGAAUUUAGCGACGACAGCGACCGAAUUAUUUCACGAUUUUCAUUCACUACUUGCUCCAGCUGAUCCUCAAUUUUAAUAGCUUUUUGUUCCACCAGAAGCAACUCUGUGAAAAAAAAAGUUUAAAUCAAUCGGUUUUGACAAUGAAAAACUUAUGAGUUUACUUUUUCUUGAAUAGUUUAUCUCAUUCAAUUGCUGGACUCGCUUCUCCGACAAACUAACAAUGCUGUUUUGUAGCUUUAACCACGCUUCCUGGGAAUCUUUUAUCUUCGCAUCGAGCUCCGCUAUGUAAUGUUUCACAUCCAAUAAUUUCAGUUCAUCCGGAUUCAAUUCUUGGCCUCCGGCUUGUUUGAUCAACUGCUCAAGCUCUCUGUUAAGAACGUCCAACUUACGCAAUUUCGCCGAAAUGAUCUCCUUUAUUAUCUUAAUCUGUUCGUCAUACUUCCUAGCUUCAGUAUCCAUCGAAUCGUGCUCUUUCUAAAAUAUAUCGCUGCAAUUACUGUCCACAUUUUAUGAUCAUGCAUACCUUAAUGCUUUGAACUUCGCUCCUCGAUUUCUCCACUAAACCACGCCAUUUUUCCAAGCUCAGCAAAACAACUGACAAUUGAUUCUCCGUAUCCGACAUGGAGAUUUCCAGCUCCCGGCGUUUUUGCUGCGCUUCUCGCAGUAUUUUACCUUGAUUUUCGCCAGCUUUAUCCGUUGUGAUUUGAUCCUGCAGUAGUUCCAAUAUUUGCUCUUCCAGGUCAAACUUCUUCUGGUUCUGUUUGUUCAACGUCUGCCGCAGUGACUUUAGAUGAUUCUCUAUCAACAGACCCUCCUGUUGGGCCUUCAGCAUAUCCGCUUCGGUUUGCUCCAAAAUCAUUGCAUAAUGAUCCAAAUCUCGGGUCAGUUUAUCACUUUCUUCUUGUUCCUUGUGUACUGGAAUGAUUUCGUUUUAUCUCGUGUUUGUGUAAAUCUAAACAAUUCUUUUACCUUGCUUUUCGAGGAUAUUAAUGUCGCCUUGUAUGCGGAAUUUGAAGCCCGACAGCUGUUCAUUCUGCUCCAUUUCCUUCGCUGCCGCCUUUCUAGUAAUAUCAGUUUUACUUUUGAUUACUUUGUGCUCCUCAUAGACGUUUCUAAAAAUAAAUAUAUUUAAUUAAACAAAUUAAAAACAAUAAUAAAUUCCCUGUACUCCAAAUCAUCUUUGGUUUUGGAUAAAACAUUGUCGCGCUGCUGUAUCGCAACGAUCACUUCACCCCAGGAUUGAAACAAACGUUUAUGUUCGUGCUGCAGGGCUUCCAAGUCGGAAUUCGCAUCCGCCAAGCUGCGAUUGAUCAUCUCGGUUGCGCUUUCCUGUUCCUUCAUUUGAUCCUCGAUUCCUUGCAACUCACGCUCCUUUUUGCGGACCUCCAGAUCCAGAUUAAACACCAGCAAAUCCAUUUUACGCUUCUCCUCGGCAGCAACCAACUUAUCUUUCGCAUCUUUGCUAGCAACCCGCUUCGCUACGGCGAUCUCCUCCUUGAUUUCCUUGUCCCACUUGGAGAAUUCGUUUUCAAGUACCGCCAAGUUAUCCAGUUCUUGCAAAUGUUCGUUGUAGGUUUUCUUGAACUCUUUCAAUUUGUGGCUUUGUUCAUCGUACUCCUUCUUGUAUCCGGCAACUUUCUGCUCUUCUGCCAGUCUUCUGGUAGAAACCUCUACAAUCUCCUUCCCGUAGAUAACCAACAACUCUUUUUGGCUAUCGAUUUCUUCCUGGAGAUCGUACAACCGCGCUCCGACCUCUUCAGAUUCUUUUUCAUUUUGCUGCAGGUGAUGAUCCAAGUCAGCGAUUUCUCCUUCCAAUUGAUUCUUCACUCGCAGUAAAUGAGCCUUUAGCGCCUGCUGGAAUCGUUCCAGCAGUGGGUGGUCCUUCUCCAGGACUCCCGAUUGGUCAACGAUUGACUCAUUGAAUUGAUCCGCUUGGACGCCCAUUGAUAAAGGGGUUUCUUCAGGAUUCAUGAUUUUAAAAGAUUUGAAAAAACUUUGCGGCUUUAUAUCUCUACCUAGCGUUAAUAUUUGGUUGGCGUUGGUGCAUAAUAAAGCGUUUCCGGUUGCUACAGUGAUCGUUGCCGGUCAGGCUAUCGAACAAACGAUGGGUGAACUUGCGUGCAAGUAGAACGCUUGUACGGAACAACAUGCGCAGACAGUGGAAGAGACAAAUCGACGAAAGAGUCGUACUCUCACUCUUCUCUCGUAUUGACAUUACUCAAUGAAUUGAGUCGAGUAACAGCAGAUGUAAACAAAUUCUGCAGACCCAUCAAUAAUUGAAUUUUUUGUACAAUACCCAUAGUGAAUUAAACUAAAUGCAGUGUGAUUAUAGACCAUGGACUACAACAUCAGUAGAUUGUGCAGAGUUUGUCUGGAGGAAGGUGUUUUCACUUCCAUCUUCAACACGGAACUAGUGGCAAUGGCUCCAGCUGAUAUGUUGAUUAUGUGUGCUAAUAUAAAGGUAUCAAAAAACGAUGGACUACCGACAACCAUCUGCAAUAACUGUAUGUACCGACUAGGGGUUGCUUUUCACCUAAAACAGCAGUGUGAAAAUUCCGACAUGAGACUGCGACAGUACAUCGGACUGAUGACCGGUGUAUACAGCAACUCACUGGAUAAGGAAACGAUGACCGACGACUCGUGGUUGUUGAUUGCGAAAAAGUCCGACGAAACGGAUAGGAAGGUGUCCAAAAAAAGAUCCAGCGGGAGAAGUAGAUAUAAACCGAAACCACCUGAAGACUGCAAAAAACGUGGCCCGAAGCCAACACCAAAACUGCCGCAAACCUGCUAUCAAUGCCACAAGACUUUCAAAUGCGCUGCUCAACUUCAGAUGCAUUUAAGGACACACAGCGGUGAGAAACCGUUUGCUUGCAACUAUUGCUCAAGACGCUUUGCACAGAAGCAUAAUCUCUCUAUUCACAUUCGCACUCACACGGGUGAGCGGCCAUAUCAAUGUGAAAUUUGUAGUAAGCAAUUCUCGGCGCUAGGAAAUUUCCAAGCGCAUAAGAAAAUUCACUCCAACCAGCGAGACCACAUCUGUCCUUCCUGCAACAAGGCGUUUAUCACUUCUGGUGACCUUUCGCGCCACAUGGUGUCCCAUUCGGGCAUUAAAAGCUAUCACUGUGAUGUAUGUGCCAAAAGUUUCAGUCGAAAUCGUGACAUGGUUGCGCACAAAAAGAAAAUUCAUCUGAACGAUCGUUCCAACGAAAACUACAAGUGCAUGGAAUGCCAAAAAGUGUUCGCAACUGCCGAUAGUCUAAGCCUUCACAUGCGCAUCCACAACCCAAUACCGCCGGCACCGUUGAUGCCACCUCCGCCGCCACAGCCACACAUCCAGCAGCCGAUUGCUAUCGCGCCGCAUCACAGCCUCGGUGCGGCUUCCCUUGGCGUCGGACUCGGGAUGCUACCCCACACUCACACCCAAACUGGUUACCACACACAAAUGCACCCUGCCCAGCGACUACAUCCCUACUAAAAAGGGGUCAUUUCGGAUCCAAAUAAAAUCUCUAAGUUCGUAA